UGCGGAGGAGUGUACACGGAGCCGCAGGGGAUAGUGCAGAGCCCGCUGUACCCGAACGCGUACCCGAAGGACCGGGAAUGCAUCUACGUGGUCCAGGCCCCGCCGGGCAAGGCGAUCGACUUUCAGUUCAAUUCCUUCGACAUCGAGGGAUCCGUGGGGUGCAUCUUCGACUAUAUCGAGUUCCGCGACGGUCACGACGAAAACUCUCCCUUAAUCGAGCGGUAUUGCGGGCCGCCCGAGAGGAUCCCGCUCCCCGUCAUCUCCACUCACAACUACCUGUACGCGAAAUUUGUGACGGAUGGGUCCGUCCAGAAUCACGGGUUCAUGGCCAACUACUCCUUCAUCGACGUCGGCUGCGGCGGCAUCUUCACCGAGAGGAUCGGCGUGAUCCACUCCCCGUUGCACCCGGACGUGUACCCCAACCGCGCGCGGUGCACCUACAUCGUCGCGGGGGCGGUGGGCACCAUCGUGAGGCUCACCUUCACCAGCUUCCACCUGGAGGAGCACGUUCGGUGCAACUUCGACUACCUCGAGGUGUACGACAAUACGACCCUGCCCAAUACCGGGGGCCUCGUCGGGCGUUAUUGCGGGAGGGUGAAUCCUCCGGUGUUGACGUCCACGGAGAAUGUCAUGACGUUGAUCUUCAGGUCAGAUCACAGCAUCGGCGGGCAGGGCUUUUCUGCCGCUUAUAUCAUCCUCAAUGAUACCGCUGAAUGCGGCGGGACGUACUACACGCAGUUGGGUGUGAUCGCUACCCCGAAUUACCCUGACGGUUACCCUCACAACCUCGACUGCACCUGGAUCAUCUCGGCCCCGUCCGGCCGGCAGAUCAACCUGAACGUGUCGGACUUCACGCUGGAGAUGCACCAGGAGUGCCAGUACGAUUACCUGGAGAUCAGGAACGGGGGCUACGCGAAUUCGCCCCUGAUCGGGAAGUACUGCGGGAACCAGCUGGAGGGGCAGGUCAUCCCGUCGCACGGGAAUAAGCUCUGGAUGCGUCUCGUGACCGACAGGUCCUUCUCGGCGAGGGGGUUCAGGGUCUUCUGGGACUCGUCGUCCACCGGAUGCGGAGGGGAGACGGGAGGAGCAGAAGGAUCCAUCAUUUCUCCCAAUUACCCUUCGCCGUACGAUCACCGAGCCAGGUGCGAGUGGAUCAUCAGGGUCAACUCGGGCUCACGCGUGAGGCUCACCUUCGUCGACUUCGACGUGGACAGCCAUCCCGCGUGCAGGCGAGACUUCGUCUCGAUCCGAGAGGGGGGAACCAGGAGAGGUCGGCGGGUGGGGACGUAUUGCGGGAACAACGCACCCGACCCCAUCGUGACCGACGGGAACGAGGUCCACGUCGUCUUCAGGUCCGACGGGUUCAACAACGGACGAGGCUUCAAUCUCCGAUACCGAAUCGUGUGCGACAACGUGAUCGAGACGGGCCACCUGCGACACGGCGUGAUCGAGAGCCCCAACUUCCCCAACCCGUACCCGCACAACCGCAACUGCACCUGGACCCUGAGGGCCCCCCGAGGCAGCGUCCUCCUUCUCACGUUCUCCCACUUCUCGAUCGAGGAUCACCACUCCGGGAACUGCUCCUACGACUUUCUCCAGGUGCUGGAGUCAGGUACUAGCGGAGGUACUAGCGGAGGGAAUUCCAGCCUGGGGAAAUUCUGCGGGACUUCGUUGAUCCCCCAGCCGAUUCAGUCGACCAAGGACACGGUCUACGUCGUCUUUCAGUCCGAUUACAGCGUCGCCUACAAUGGGUUCCGCCUCGAGUGGAUGGUCUUAGGCUGCGGGGGCCUGUUCCGGAAGCCGCAGGGGAAUUUCCGGAGUCCGAACUAUCCGAAUCCGUAUCCGCACGAAGUGGACUGCGACUGGCGCAUCGUCGUGGACCCGGGGAGCGCCGUUCGGCUGACCAUCCACGACUUCGACAUCGAGGGUCACUGCGGAUUCGACAAUCUCACCAUCUACGGGGGACCGGAGCCGACGAGUCCCGUGCUGACGACGCUGUGCGAGAAGGAGGAGCGGGGGAAGGUGGUCACCUCCCAGGGGAAUCAGAUGCUGGUGUCGCUGCGCUCCGACGUCUCGGUCAGCGGGCGGGGGUUCAAUGCCUCGUGGAUCACGCAGCAUUCGAACUGCGGCGGCCUGUUCACGACCCCGACGGGGAACAUCCUCUCCCCGAAUUACCCGCAGAACUACGACCACAGCGACGACUGCGGGUAUCUCAUCCGGGUGGAUGCGAACCAUGCCGUGGAGUUGCAGUUCGUCGACUUCGACGUGGAGCCGCAUAAUAAUUGCUCCUAUGACUAUGUUGCGCUCUUUGACGGCCCGGACGAGAAUUCCCCGGAGCUCAUGCGCCACUGCGGGGCGAGUCUGCCCUCGCCGGCGGUUUUUCGUUCGACGGGGAACGAGAUGUUCCUCCGGCUGAAGGCGGACGGGUUCGCGGCCGCGAGGGGUUUCAUGGCCAACUACUCUCGGGUAUGUGGGGCUCGAAUCGUGACCGAGGACGGAGGAGUGAUCACCAGCCCGCACUAUCCGCAUCUCCUUCCUUGGAAGAGCUUCAAUUGCUCGUGGAUCGUCCAAGCUGCUCGUCCGGACGAGAGAAUAGCGAUCACCGUGGGCGACCUCGACCUGCAUUCGACCGGGGACCACAACUGCUCCGAGGCGUAUCUGUCCAUCCUGGAGGGGGAGGGGCCGGAUGCGACCGAGAUCGGGAGGUUCUGCGGGUCGGCGGUGCCGCCGGCGGUGUUCUCGAGGGGGGCGGUGGUGGUGGUGCGGAUGGUGGUGGUUCUGCAGUCGAGGAAUCCGCUCAGGGGGGCGGGGUUCAGUCUUGGUUAUUCCAUUGCGACUGGG